ACAAUAUGGCGUUGGCACAAUCGAGUACCUUGCACAGGUAUACGGUAGCAGUGAGGCCAAAUUAAACUCCUGUUAAUAACAGGUGAUUAUCGUUUAGAUAGAGAUUUUCACAUGGAAUAACCAAAAACAGAAGGUAUGGCGACAUUGGUAGAGAAACCUCCUGACCUUGGGUCUGACAUCGAAUCAAAAUCACCCAUCGAUGUUGACAUCAAUGACCUGAAAGGUAUACAGUUGAAGGAUGCCAAGUUCGGCAAACAUGGCGUCCUUCAAAUCAAGAAUGCUACAGCAAUACAUGUGACAACGCCGAUGAUUCCCGAGACAAUUGUAAAGACGGAGAAGGGUGUCAUCGGGAAACCGCCAAUAGUUCGAAAAAGUAAAAAACCUGAUUAUCCAGACGAUCGAACAGAAGGACGGUCUACGCGUCCUGGCUCAGAAAUAACGAUACCGGACUCCAGGUCUCGUGAUGACAGAGAUUCUGAUUUUGGUAAUGAUAAGAUAGGUAGGAUAAAGUCGCCCAUGUCGGUCCAGGUGGAAAGGAAACAACCACCAAACAACACCCCGGCAUCACGAGCAUUCUCCGACUACACACGGAACUCCGGCGGAAGUACGAAAUACCACGUGAUGGUACCAGGUCAAGGACACAUCGAUCCGCUCCCCUCACCAUCCAAGAGGAUGCAUCAGACCAGUCGUACCCGUCGAGUUCCAGCUAAGCUGAUCAGACUGACAACGGUUACCCUAUCGGCAAGGACUAAGCCAGCGUCACGCGGUCAGGGUUCGAGUCUGUAUUAUGAGGACCCAAAGAAGCCCACCAAGGUGAUAGGAUGGGACGAGGCGAACAAUGCCAGACCCCCUCUGAGGAUAGACAUGGAGGGUCCCGGACCCUGGGCUUACUCACCCUGUAACAAACCAUUGGGAGAGACCAAUGCUCCGUCGUGGACUUUCAGGGCUAAAUGUGCUCCCGAAAAAUCGGGUGGAGGACGGACGUCCUGGGAGAAGCCAUGGUUCCAGAGUCCUCACGUCUGGCAGACAAAGACGGACUUCUACAAUGACACCAGUUGGCCAACUCCUAAUCUGUACAAGCAGAAGUCUCUGUUGGGACCACGACAACGGACCAUGACAGAGGCACCCUCCUUCUCUAUUGGCGUCAGAAAGGAGGUCACGAUGAGCAAAUCUGGGUCCUCCAAGGAACCGAGUCCUAACGAGUACGUGAAAGACUCGGCAGACAAACUUGUCCACCAGCGAGGACCAUCCUACAGCCAUCAGUUCCGACGUUCGGGCACCAUACUGUGGCCUUCCAUAGAGAAGACUCCUGGUCCUGCCGCAUACACUCCUGCCUACGCCAACAGCAAGGCCUCGGGACCUGCCUUUACCAUAAGAAGUAUUCGGCGGGACACAACUCACACACUUGGACCACACUCCGCAUUUUAAAUGGUUUAUAUUACAUUUGUAUACCCUCUUAUAAGAGAGUGUGGCAAACUUUUCAAAUGAAAAGUAACGAAAAAUCGACACUACAAAGGUGACAUAAAGUUCAUUGGAUAAUUUAAUUUGUGUAUCGACAAGGUUCUGGACGGAAUUUGAUCAGCUACGCAUGCUAUUAUCCAGACGUUUAAACCACACCACUAUGUAUAGUAUGAGAAAGUCGUAUUUCAUUCCAGUGACACUGAUUCAUAACAAGGGCUCAAUUCACGAGACAAAAAACGUUAAGUAUAAGCAAUAUGAUGAACAGUGUGUGGCUUAAUCAAGACAUUGUCUGUACACAGUAUUCCUUUGUUAUUUGUCUCCACUAAAUCCUGGUAUCUGGAUUGAUACAUAUACGAUGUUAUACAGUGGCAAUGUAGAAGUGCUAGUUGUUAAUAGCAGAUAUGAAUUUGUCGAUGACAUUUUCUCACCUAUCAGUAUUAAAGAAAAGUGACCUUAUGUAGGAUGUUUAUCAAACCUGUUAUCUAAGUAGCCUUUGUUAUUUAUUGGAUAUUUAUACAUGUAUAUAAAUCUUAGAUGUGAAAUAUCUUUGCUUUUCCUUUUACAGUUCUGGAUGAUAAUGAAAAUGUGCAAUGCAUAUGUGAUGAUUAUAGUUUAUAAACUUAACUUGUGGACAACAUACAUAAUUGUGCGAACAUGUCGGCAACAUAGGAUUUAAAACAGUCAUUAUAUAUUAUCUGUACACCAGUAGAAAGUAAGUAAACGAAGAUGACAUAUAACCUUCUGUAGAACUGUACAAUGUAUAGCCAUCUAGAGUAAUGGGGUUCUGUUUUACUUUUCUUUGGUUUAGCCAUAAAGUUUAUUAUAUCAAGCACUGCCAUGAUAUAUAGUCUAAUCUACACUUACUGGAAAAUCUCACACCGUAACACUAACGUUAUAUACAACCGAUUCUGUUUUAUAUUUUCAUUUUUUUCUUUAACAUCAAGAGAUACAAAUGUAUAUAUUUUGUUUGGAAUAAAUCAUAUGACUUUCAUUGUUAGUUGCUGUAUACACAUUAUUUAAUCAAGCAUAACAGCUUUAAUUUAACAUCCAAAUUAGAAAUUAACAAUGAAAUAAAUAAAUAAAUCGGACAUUACGUCCCUAUAAAUUCUAGAAAUAACAUAAAUAAAGGAAAAAUAUGGAAAUGACUUUAAAUUCUUUCUGGAUUUGAUACAGUAACGUAGAGUUUUACCAGUUGUAACCUUUAAUAGUAGAGUUAUACACACCAGUUCCGAGUAAAACAAAUGCCAGGAGAUAACUUACAAAUGUAUCCGUUAUGGAUAUUACGUUUGAAGAUCCGAAGACCUAGAAUACCAAAUGUUUGAUUGGUAUAACGAGGACAUAUGCAUGUAUGUUUUAAUAAACUAAUAUACCAUUUUACAAGGUUUUACUAAAUUCAUUUAAUCAGCAAACUCCUAAAAUAUUUAUAAUAUAGCUUUACAUAUUUUCAGUUUACAUUCACGGAAUUAUUUGCCAAUUGUUGCAUGUAUGUAAUCUCGAAUGCAUGGUAACACAGGUAUGUCAUGUGUUAGCUUUCUUUACUCUGCAGUUAUUCUCUGCCUAAACGGUAUCGUUUCUAAAUUACAAUUGUACUUGCAUAUUAGGGUAUGUGUUAAGUAAAGUUAUGUUUAAUCUUGAAUCAUUUUAAUUACAAAUUCUCAAUAUAUAUUCUAAAUGUAUGAAAUAAUAUACUUGUUUAAUAACAUCUAGAAGUAAUAGUUUGAAGGUUUUGCUCGUAAAUUCAGUUUCGUCGAGUCUCUUGAGGUUCCAGUACUUGAUGUAAUUCUUCUGGUUAAAAUCAUAUUUUGACAACUAUAUUCGUGAACAAAUUAUUUUGUGAAGUAUUAAGAACCAAAUGAUGUUAAAACAUUACUGGAAAAUAGCACAUAUAGUUUCGUUCCACGAGAAAACUUUUUCACAACCUGUUCAGUUAUUUGUAGGACUUGGUAAUGCAAGUUUCACUGUUUGUUUGUUGUUUAUAUCCUAAAUAAUACCCUUUUUUGUUUUUGUUUUCUCAUCAGAUUUGAGUGUUGAUAUUGUUAUAAUGACAAAUCUUUAUCUGAAUUACUAAGUUCUAUAUCCUGCUACCAUAUUCUUUCAAAACUAUGUACAGUUAUAUACAAAUGCGUGUGUUUGUAUGUAAAGAAUAAUUGAUUGCUUAAUUGUAUUUGAAUUUUUUUUAAAAAAAUUUUUAUUGUAAAAUGAAUGUGUUUAUCGAAUUGCAUAUAGUAUAUGACCUACAUCAAAAAUCAAAUCUAUUUUUGAUUGUCGAAUCCAAAUAAAGUCUGUGAUAUCAAA